AUGCGUGGCAAACAGAAGGCCCAGAAAGCAAAGAGGCUGAAGCGAACCCCCGUGGAUUGUGAUGACUUCUGGGGCUGGCGAUGCGCAGAUGUGGCUACCUCGGUUGACUGGGAGAAGCUUCAACAGGGACUCGAUUCUUUGAUGUCCCCACGACUUUGGGCCAACCAGCUAACGCUUCGGAAAGUGGCAGGUGCCGUGCCGCUGCAGCUUCGAGACCCUGGCUCGGCCUCUGGCUCGGCCUGGAAGCAAUCGAUCUGGGAGGCUUCGAACUUGCCCGCGGGGAAGGCUUCGGAGGCUUCGGCCUCUACGCCACCGCCAUCCUUCCUUGUCUCGUCUUCUAUUGCUAUGCAAGCAUCAACUGGCAAAGGGCGGGGAUGGUAUGCCACCGAGCCUUUGGAUACGGGUGUCAUGGUCCUCAUUGAGCGGCCUUUAGUAGCAGUGCUUGACGGAGAAUGGCGCGACGAGAGCUGGGCAGAAUGUGGCAGUUCCGACUCUGCAGCUUUAAGCGUCGAGCUCGCACGAUGCUACUCUUCAAGCUUGGCUUCACUCCUGUCUGGCUUUCACCCACAGGAGGCCGUGCAGGCAAAUGACGCCGAUUCAGACGAAGAGGAGGAGCCGAUUCUCAGAGAUGCCAUGAGAACGGCACUGAACACUGCCUGGAAGCCAGUGGAUAUCUCCGAAGGGGCCCGAAAACGUCUGGAGGACGUCGUCCGCUUGAAUUCUCUAGGUUUCUACACCAACUCGGAGCAGCUUUGCCACCACGAAAACUUCGCAGCGCUCACAGGCAAUGGGCUCUUCGCCUUGGCCAGCGGCUUCAACCAUUCCUGCGAGCCCUCGCUGCAGCGCUGCUCCUUCGGAGAUCUGACAGCUUUUGUGACGAAUCAGCCGGUGGCAGCUGGGUCCGAGCUGUGUAUCAGCUACAUCGAGUCCGAGUUGCUCUGUGCACCCAAGUCUUUGCGGAGUCAGUCGCUGAAUCGUGACUUCGUUUGUGCUUGCACUCGAUGCCACAAGCAAGAAGGCGUGCCGGAAGAAGCGGCCGUUGAAAGGAACUUUAUGCGAGUCGAUGCCCAAGUCCAGGCCAAUCUGGCACUCCUGCCGCCCAAGGAGCGAGUCCGCGCUGUGGCCGCGGCCUUGGAGGGACACUUGGACGAGGCCGAGGAGCCUGAGGAGGAGGAGGAGGCCGUGGAAGAGGUUGAAGUUGCUUCGGCGCACUCCCGUGAGAAGGACGUGUCUGAGCAUGAGGCAAAGGCCCCCAAAGUUGUCCUGCUCGGGAAGGAUGCUCAGGAACUUCGUGUCGUCCAGGCCCUGGCUUUCAUGCAGAUGCAGGAGUGGGAGAGCGCCUUCCAGGUUUGGCGGCAGAAUGCAGCCUUUAGUUGCCAUCACUGCCCGCCUUUUGAUGAAGCUUUGGUUGUCUACGCCAUGCAGGCCGCAUUAUGCAAAGCAGAGAGUUCCAAUUUGGCUGGAGCUGACAAUAUCGACUACGUUCGCCUAGCCGUCGAAGCCCAUUGCAGGGCUUUCGGAGUGAACAACUUUGCAUGGCGCUAUGCAAAGGAGGUGGAGGAGUCACGGGUCAGUUCCGAAACGAAGAAUCUCUUUUGGAGUGCUGCGCGAAGGGAAGCACCCAGAAUCCGUCCCUUUGCAGAGGCGGUGCGAGACUGGUGUUUCAAGCCAGAUGAGGUGCCGCCAGCCUUCCAGAGUUUCACAUCCUGA